AAAUUUUAUUUAACUGAGUUUUGGAUUACACUUGUCGACGUGUCUCAAACGCACUCGCCGUCUCCUGGUUCACGCUCACCGGUCAUGUGGAACAAAUCGUCAAGUGUAAAAACGUUUAAUCAACGUGACUGUCAGCCAUCAUAUACAUAUUUACAGCAGACGCGGUUUAAUGGAUAUUGACGCACAUAAUUCAGACGAGCCAAGUCGGUGCACGAUGUACCAAAUAGAAUUGUCGCCGUCUCGUCUCUUGUUUUCAUACGACAGUUGUUCAUACGUCAGUUCGGAAAAGUAUGCUUCCGUGUUGAAAAUGUGAUUGGGUGCACAACCUGUAGGUGGAAUACCGUUUGGACAGAAAUCCGAUUUCACAAUAUUAUGGACGUUGCGUCCACCGAUUACCUAAAGACUGCACUGUAUUCGGGAGAUAACGGCCCGGACACGGGUAACCGAGACAGCCUCCGACUAAUGGAGCUUGGGCUCCAUCUGGAGACCCUUCACGACGGAUCACAUCGGAUCAACACGUCAGUGGAUCAUUUGUUGAACGACCCGUCUCUCUCAGAGAGGAAUAACAACGAAUUCACAUUCGCCAACAACAACAAUAACAAUAGCAGCAACAACAACAACAACAAUAACAACAACAGUUUUGAGACGAUUAUUAGUGGUGACCACAGUUUUGACUUGGACUGCGCGCCCAGCUCGUUCGCCGACAAGUCAGACAUAGUUGACCAAUGGCGGACGUUAAACACAGACGGAGCCAUCUACACGGUGGAGGUGGUGAACAACUCGGACGGUGGCGUCGGCGAACCACUGUGGUGCAUGCCUGCGCUCACCGAACACCACCAGGACACCAACGCGGUGAGCAACUUCGACGAGACACUAUUGUCGAUGAAUGGCGCCGAGUCCACAGAUCCAGUGAGCAAUGGCAGGUACAUCAAACAAGACUCUUUGCGGGAGUACAUCAAACAAGAUUCUUUGCGAGAGUACAUCAAACAGGAACCGUUGACGGAGUACAUCAAACAAACAGAACCUCUGCAGGAGUACAUCAAACAGGAAUCUGCAGAGUAUACAGGCGAUGAGCUUCUCCGAAACGCAUUGCUGGGCAAAACCAAUCAUAACCAUCACCAAAGGUACGGUGACAAAGACGUCAAGCCAUCGGUGUCGACCGCGUCGGACAGCCAAAAUUCGUCACCGGGACCUCAGUCAAUGCAAGAUGUCACGUCAUACCCAUCGACAUCCACUGUGGAUAUGCAAGACGUGCUGGCUACGACUAGCAACUGCAGCAACGGCAUCAACGGCAAUACGAUCGUCAUGAUCGAUGACGACAUGCCGUCGAUGUCACUACUGGUGGCCGGCGACGGGGCCUCAGCGCAGAACGUCGAUGAUCUCCUUUUGCCAGACUUUGACUUCCAAUACAUCGAUGGCCUGGAUAGCGACAUGUCUCAAUCGUUCCAGCAGUACUGCCCCACUAGUCAGGGGUUCGUAUCCUUCAUCGCCGCAGAGGUGGCGAACAUAUCGCAAAUCCCGGCCACGGUGGUGCUGGAUCACCGGGAACUAGAACAAGUGUCUACAUCAUCUUCGUUGUCCCCACCCGUCCGACCGGCUAAAAAAUAUAACCGUCGUUCACACCACGCUAACGGCAAGACGAAACAGUCGGCCGGCGGCGGUACCGGAACGUCGAUUGCUGGUUCCGGUGGCGGAGGCGGAGGGUCUGCUUCGGUGUCGAGUGACGAACAACCGGCCGGGCACCCACCCGCCAAGAAAGAACGGUCACUGCACCACUGCCACAUAUGCAGUAAGGGCUUCAAAGACAAGUACUCGGUGAACGUUCAUAUACGUACCCACACCGGUGAAAAGCCGUUCAUGUGCACCGUGUGCGGCAAGAGCUUCCGGCAAAAGGCUCACCUGGCAAAGCACCAGCAUACACACACCACGCCUGCCAAACCGGCGCAAUCGUUGUCGUCCGUCACACAAUCCGUUAAAGGCAGUGGCAGCGGUGGCCGGAGGUCCACAUCCAGAUAGCCCGGACUGCAGCCGACUGUCACCACCGAGUCACCGUCAUUACCAUCACCACCACUACACUCACCAACAACGCUAUCACUAUUUACCACCAAUCAUAUACCAAUACCAUCGUCCAAAACCACCACCACUAUUGACCUCUGACCUAUCAUUCCUACAGCUUCCGGAAAUGCGCCGAAAACGAACGAAAAAAAAAUCGGACGUAUUCCUCAUCCACGGUGCUGUACUUACAUCAAUUUUGUGCGUACUCCGUGCAAAAAAUAAUUAUAAUAAUAAUAAUAAUAAUAGUAACAAUUUUAUUAUUAUCGUUAUUAUACGUACAUAAAGGCGAUCGUCGUGUAUGUGUACGGUACACACUACACACGCCAACUUUAUUUCGACGACUCGGCCAAUCGUUUUCUCCACCCGGAGAAAUCGUUUCUAAUGUGAUGAUUAAUAAGUUAACCUCAUUAAAGAAUAAUAUUUAUGUAAUAAUUAUUGCUUAACGAAUCAAAAUAUUCAAGAGUAUUGUUUUUUU